AAAAGACCAUCAAUGAUCAAUCGCGUGGAGAAUCACUUUUCGUCCCACUCUGCACAGCCAGCGUUCAGUCCAGUUUCGACUCUAAUCGCGGACGCAGGUUCCAACUUGUUCCAAGGCCAAGCCAAGUGCGUGCGUGCGUUUCAACCAAUUUAUUAGCCUCUCUCGACUCUCGGUAUAGGGCGCACGUGUGCAUAUAAGUGGUGAAAUUAGAAACGAAUUGCGUUGAAGGUCGAUUGUUUUGUUGAGACCGGUUGUGCGUCGUCUCGUCCUCUUCGCUUUCGUGCCUAUUUUUUUUUGUUUUUUUAAAGAAACUCUAUCGUAUCCGAUCGUCAAGAUGUCACUUGACGUGGUCAAUCAACAAAACGUUGCUGUCCAACAAGUCCAACCUCCUGCACAGCAGGAAGUCAGGCCCAUAAGGGAAAACAAUUUUCCCAGUGCCCUUGAUAAGGACAACUGGAAAUACCCUAUGCGCAGAGUUGCCCAAGAGAUCUGCCCAGGUGUCUUUUUAGGACCUUACUGCAUCGCAACGUCACAGAGCCUUGACUAUUUGACUGAAAGACAAAUCACUCACAUCAUUUGUGUACGUCAUUCGGUGGAGGCACGCUUCAUCAAGCCCAACUUUGAAAAUAUGGAAAGAUUCACAUAUAUGACUUUGAAUAUUGCGGAUGUUGGAUCAGAGAAUAUCAUAAAACACUUUAAACCAGUUAAAGCGUUUAUUGAUGCAGCUCUUGCAGCCAAUGGACGUGUGCUGAUUCAUGGCAACGCAGGAAUUUCCAGAUCCGCUGCGCUUGCAAUAGCUUAUAUCAUGGAAACUUAUCAGCUAACUUAUGACGAAACUAUAAAAAAAAUGCAAUUAAUAAGAUACUGCAUUAAUCCAAAUGAUGGAUUCGUUUGGCAACUAAAGGAAUAUGAGCUGAUUUAUAGAGCAGCAUUAGGAUGUCAGCCAGGAAAUCAUCACAAUUCAAAUAAGCGAUCAAUAUCUAUGGUAGAUGACAGUGAAACUCAAAAUCAAAAUCGGAUCUUUAAAUCUGAACCAAUGGAAGAAUAAGUGCUCAUAAAUUUAAAAAAGUACUCAAGUUCUUCUGGAUGAUUACAAUUAAACUAUUAUUAGUUUUGAAUUAUUGAGCAGUAGAACAAAUCAUUUUCAAUGAUACUUUAUAAAAGGCUAUAUUUGAAAAUUAUUUUAGUUAUUUCAACAAGCUAAUACUAAAUUCAAAAAAAAAUCUGUAGUGUGAUAAUGAAAAGCUUCUAAAUUUACAAAAAUAAUCUUAAAUAUGUUAGUAGUGUGAGUUAAUUGAUGUUGUAAAUUGAAUAGUAUUAGAAUAUAUUUUUCUAACUACAGAUAAAUCAUUUAAAAAAUUGGAGUUGAUAAGACAGUAGCAAAAUAAGAAUCACGCAUUCAUCUUUGCACUCUAGUUUACUUAAAUUUAUAUGUUAAAUUAAAAACUCAUUGUGAAUAUAACAUUUACUGUAGAUCAACAAGUUCAAUGCUUCGACCAUAUUCUGCGAUAUUAACUGCAUAAUAUUAUUGCUAAGUACAAGUAGAAACUAGUGUUAGCAUUUUAUACCUUUUGAUAAAAUUUUUUUAACUAGACCAUAAGUUUGUCGUUUAGUUAUCAGAGUAUCAACAUGUGUAAGCGCGAAAGGAAGUAUUAUUAGUACUAAAAAAUUACUUAGUAAUAAUAAACGCAAUACUCAACCACGAAGUUGACAAUUUUUAUCAAGUUUAAAUGUGUGAUUGUUUCACUGUAAAAAAAAAAAAGAUGGAAAGAAGUUGUGCAUAUUUUUAACGACUGUUGACAUAAUUUUAAUGUGAGAAAUAUAAAAUAUGGUAUAUCGCCAUACACUCCUC